GGACUGGGGGCUCCGUUGUAGGAAAUUUUCACUUACCCUGACUUUUAUACGUUGCAGUUCAGGCGAGUGCCCAAAGUAACCAACCAAGGGCGCUUAAGAAAAAAGCCGACACCCCCAGAAAAAAAUAAAUUGAGACACAAAACGAUCGUGGAUAAAGUGCCAACAUGCUGACCAACUUCGAGUCGAAGUCAGCACGGGUGAAGGGCCUGUCCUUCCAUCCGAAGCGUCCAUGGAUCCUUGUCAGCUUGCACAGUGGCGUCAUCCAGCUGUGGGACUACCGCAUGCACACACUCCUCGAGAAGUUCGACGAGCAUGACGGACCGGUACGUGGCGUGGCCUUCCACCAGCAGAUGCCCCUCUUUGUUUCCGGCGGCGAUGAUUACAAGAUCAAGGUGUGGAACUAUAAGCAGCGCAGAUGCAUCUUCACACUGUUAGCCCAUUUGGACUACGUGCGCACGGUGGCCUUCCAUCACGAGUAUCCCUGGAUUCUUAGCGCAUCCGAUGACCAGACCAUUCGCAUCUGGAACUGGCAGUCGCGCAACUGCAUCUGCGUAUUGACCGGCCACAACCACUAUGUUAUGUGCGCCCAGUUCCAUCCCACGGAAGAUCAAAUUGUCUCCGCCUCGCUGGAUCAAACGGUUCGCGUGUGGGACAUCUCCGGCCUGCGCAAGAAGAACGUGGCUCCGGGACCGGGAGGCCUUGACGAUCAUCUGAAGGGUCAUCCAGGUGCAACGGAUCUGUUUGGCCAGGCCGACGCUGUGGUCAAGCACGUGCUCGAGGGCCACGAUCGCGGAGUAAACUGGGCAAGCUUCCAUCCCACCCUUCCGCUCAUCGUUUCGGGCGCCGACGAUCGCCUGGUUAAACUUUGGCGUAUGAACGAGUACAAGGCCUGGGAGGUAGACACCUGCCGCGGCCACUACAACAACGUUUCCAGCGUGCUGUUCCACCCACGCCAAGACCUGAUCCUGUCAAACGGCGAGGAUCGAAGCAUUCGCGUUUGGGACAUGACCAAGCGUCAGUGUCUCUUCACAUUCCGGCGGGACAACGAACGUUUCUGGAUUCUCACGGCGCAUCCUACUCUCAAUCUUUUCGCAGCCGGCCACGAUGGAGGCAUGGUUGUCUUCAAGCUGGAGCGAGAACGUCCCGCCUACGCCGUCCACGGAAACAUUCUCUACUACGUUAAGGAGCGUUUCUUGCGUAAGCUGGACUUCACCACCACCAAGGAUACAGUUGUGAUGCAACUGCGUCCUGGAAAGUCGCCGGUGUACAGCAUGUCGUACAAUCCGGCCCUGAAUGCCGUGCUCAUCUGUACUCGCACCAACAACCUGGAAAACAGCACCUAUGAUCUCUGCCAGAUUCCCAAGGACACGGAGAGCCAGAGUGAGUCGGACAGCAAGCGCAGCUCGGGCAUCACAGCCAUAUGGGUGGCCCGCAACCGGUUUGCCGUUCUGGAUCGCAACCAGCAGCUGGUGAUCAAAAACUUUAAGAACGAGGUGACCAAGAAGCUGCCCACCUUUUGUGAGGAGAUCUUCUAUGCCGGUACCGGGAUGCUGCUCAUCCGGGAUCCUGAGUUUGUUACCUUGUACGAGGUGCAGCGUCUCGUAUCCGUCGGCAGCAUUAAGUUGGCCAAGUGCCGGUAUGUUGUCUGGUCCCCGGACAUGUCGCUGGUGGCGCUGCUGUGCAAGCACUCGGUGACUAUCUGCGACAGGAGACUGCAGUACCUCUGCACAGUGCAGGAGAACUGCCGCGUUAAGUCGGGAGCCUGGGACGAGUCUGGCGUUUUCAUCUACACCACCAGCAACCACAUCAAGUACGCCAUUACCAACGGUGACCAUGGAAUCAUUCGUACAUUGGACUUGCCCAUCUACCUGACGCGCGUUAAGGGCAACCAGGUGUUCUGCCUGGACCGCGAGUGCCGUACUCGUGUCUUGCACAUCGAUCCUACCGAGUACAAGUUCAAGCUGGCCCUCAUCCAGCGCAAAUACGACGAAGUGCUCCACAUGGUGAGAAACGCCCGCUUGGUGGGGCAGAGCAUCAUUGCCUACUUGCAGCAGAAGGGCUAUCCGGAGGUGGCCCUCCACUUCGUCAAGGACGAGAAGACCCGAUUCGGACUGGCCCUGGAGUGUGGAAACAUCGAGAUCGCCCUGGAGGCAGCCAAGGCUCUCGAUGACAAGGACUGCUGGGACCGUUUGGGUCAAAGUGCCUUGCUGCAGGGCAACCACCAGGUGGUGGAGAUGUGCUACCAGCGCACCAAGAACUUUGACAAGCUCAGCUUCCUCUAUCUGAUUACCGGCAACUUGGAGAAACUGAAGAAAAUGAACAAGAUCGCAGAGAUCCGCAAGGACGUAUCGGCCCAGUACCAGGGCGCCUUGCUCCUGGGAGAUGUCAAGGAGCGAGUCAACAUUCUGAAGAACUGCGGGCAACUGUCUUUGGCAUAUCUGACCGCCUCCACCCAUGGUUUUGAGGAUCUGACCGAAUCUCUGGGCGAAGCCAUUACGUCGCAGGGUAACGCCCUUCCCGAAAUCAAUCCCAACGCCCAGCUGCUCCAGCCACCGGUACCCAUUCAGCAACUGGAGACCAACUGGCCGCUGCUCUCAGUGUCCAAGGGAUUCUUCGAGGGCGCCAUGGUCACCCGGGCUGGCACCAGUGCAACGGCCCGUCAAGCGCUCAACAUCAACGCCGACGCGGUGCUGGACGAUCCUAGCGGUGGUGGUGAUGGCUGGGGAGCAGAUGCCGACUUGGGUCUGGACGAGGACGGUGAUGACGAGAUGCACGAUGCCUUGAGCAAUGAUGGCGAUGGAGGAGCUGGUGGCGAGGACGGUGCCGGUUGGGACGUGGGCGAUGAUGACUUGGUGGUGCCCGAGGAGCUGGCCUCCAAGAUCAAGGCUUCUGCCCUGGACAGCAAUUACUAUGCGGCUCCCAACAAGGGUCUCUCGCCAGCUCAGCAAUGGGCCAACAACUCUCCACUUGUGCUGGAUCACGUGAAGGCCGGAUCCUUCGAGACUGCCUUCCGUUUGCUGCACGACCAACUGGGCGUGGUCAACUUCAAGCCCUUUAAAACCCUCUUCCUCCAGAACUACGCCUGCUCCAGAACAAGCUACACGGCUAAUCCCAAUCUGCAGUCCCUGAGUGGCUAUCCUUUGCGCAACUUCGGGGAGACCAACUUGAAGCAGCAGCGGCCAGCUCUUGGAAUCAAGCUGAACGACUUGGUGGCUCGUCUUCAGGCUGGCUAUCAGUUAACAACGUCCGGAAAGUUUACUGAGGCUGUGGAGAAGUUCCACUCCAUUCUUAUCAGCAUUCCCCUGCUGGUCGUGGAGACUAAACUGGACACGGCGGAAGCCCAGCAGCUACUGCGGAUCUGUGCGGAGUACAUAGUGGGUCUGAAGAUGGAGACCGUGCGCAAGGGCAUGCCCAAGGCGACGCUCGAGGAGCAGAAGCGACUGUGCGAGAUGGCCGCCUACUUCACCCACUGCAAGCUGCAGCCCGUGCACCAAAUCCUGACCCUGCGCACCGCUCUGAACAUGUUCUUCAAGCUGAAGAACUACAAGACAGCAGCAUCGUUCGCCCGCCGCCUCCUUGAACUAGCUCCCAGGCCGGAUGUGGCCCAGCAAGUGCGCAAGAUCCUGCAGGCCUGCGAGGUUAAUCCCAUAGAUGAGCACCAGCUGCAGUACGAGGAAUUUAAUCCGUUCACCAUCUGCGGCAUCAGCUGGAAGCCACUCUACCGCGGCAAGCCGGAAGUGACGUGUCCCUUCUGCGGCUCGUCGUUCGAUCCUCAGUAUAAGGGCAAUCUCUGCACUGUGUGCGAGGUGAGCCAGAUCGGCAAGGAGAGCAUCGGGCUCCGCAUUUCAAACUUGCAAUUCCGCUAAGCCUUCUUUUAUUAUGUGUUUCCACACGCCAAGCGAGACCCAUCUAGAGUUAGUUUUACACAAUCCCCGCUUAUAAAAUAUGAAUAUAAAGUUCAGUGUAUUGUAUAUUAUAAUAUUAUCCAAA